AUGGGGGCCCUGGACUUGAAUGCGGCCUAUGGGACCUUCUUCUGCACAGUGUUCGGCUUUGGCCUCUUUGUGGUGUACAGCGGGCGAAAAGAGUCUUGUUACCGCCUGCUCCACCCCGGCCCUACUUUCCUUUCCGCGCGCAAUGAAGUUUCUUGGCUGUAUCUGGGCCUCUCCCUCUACGCCUCCCUGAUGGGUAACUGGGUAUUGUAUCUCCCUGCUGUGGGAGGGGCCCUGUAUGGGUGGCCAGGCGCUGUUGGAUAUGCCAUCAGCAGCGGUGCUCCCUACCUGCUGCUCGUCUGGCUGGCUCCCCUGGUUUGCAAGCGGGCGAAGGGAGGCUUCUGCAGCUGCGACUACGUGGCCCUCCGUUUCGGGUCGGUGGCGCAGCUAGCAGCUGCCUGCAUCUCGCUUUCCAUGAUGUUUGUCACGCUGUCUACGGAGCUCACCACUGUGGGAAUGUCCAUGUCUGCCAUCUCCAGCAACACCUUCCCCGUUCCCUGUGCCGUGAUUCUCGUCGCCUUGGUGCCUCUGCUCUACGUCCUCGUGGGGGGCCUGAAAUGCUGCAUUGUCAGCGACGUCGUUCAGGCGCUCAUUAUCGUCUCCCUCUUCGUGCCCUUCACCGUGUACCUCGUCUGCACGGAGGGGGGGCCCCCCUCGGGGGGCCUCCCCAUCUCGCAGUCUCUCGCUCUCGCACCCGCUGCCCUCUCCAGCGAGAAGUCGCUCAUUGCCGGUGCCGUCAUUGUGGCCUCUGUGUGGCCGGUGUAUCUCUGCGAUCAGGGAAUCUGGCAACGCGUGUGGGCAGCUCGCUCUGCAUCGGAUAUCCGCAAGGCGUUCUUGCUCGCGGGAGUUCUCUCGGGAGUCUCAGUGCUGCUGUUCGGCGUGGCUGGCAUAGUUUGUCUCUCCCGCGAAGAGGCCCUAAACGGCGGCUCGCUGUUCAGCUACGCAGCGCAAAACUUGCCGACUCCCUGGCUUGUGGUGCUAUGCGUGCUGGCUGUUGCCUGCGUCACCUCGAGUGUGGACACCUACCAAGCAGCAAUCGUUUCCUUGAUCGGAAACGACUUGGAGAAACGCAGUCUUUCUUUCAACUGGGCAAGACUGGCGAUGGUGCUGAUAAACAUCCCCGCAGUCCUCCUAGCCCUCUAUCAAGUGCCCCUGCUCUCGCUUUUCAUGGUAUCCAACUUUCUCUGCGCCGUCCUCGCCGGACCCUUCCUAGUGUCUGUACACCCCAAGAUCACCAAGUGGGGCUUCCUGGGGGGCCUCGCGUGCUCCGUGGUGGGGUUGCUAGUAUGUGGCGUGGGCGCCUCGGCAGCAGCACACGAGCCCUUUUCCCUCUCUUUCUUCAUUCCAGAUGACAUUUCCUCCAUGCCUUAUCUUGUCAGCUUCCUGGUGACCCCUUUAGUCGGAGCUGCAGCGGCGGGUGCCAUCAGCGCCGUCGAGGAACGCCUCAUGCGACACGCAGAUGCAGCGGCACACCCCUCACCUCCCCCAGCAUCCGAUAUCGGCAAAGAAGGCCUAGAGGGUUCGCAGCACUCUGCAAGAGUGCCUCUGGACCCUCCCCCGACGACGGCUUCGCCAGUGUAUCAGACUGCUACCAGCAAUGACACCAACUGCAGUGCAAACGUGGCAAUCGCUGCGGCCUCUUCCUCGAAAGUGAAGCUCGAAAGUAACGCAACAGCGUCUGAGCCUGUGGCUUCGUUUCAAGCGGUGCGCGUUUCCGCGGCCCUCUGUUUCCAAUGUAGUGUAUGCUGGCGAACUGCUGCGUGUUUUGCUGACAACGAGCUUUUGCGCGACUGGGUACAUCAGCGCGUAGAGGCGGGUUUUUGUGCAGGGCACCGAAGGAGAACGGCCUCUUGA